AUGAUUUAAAAAAUUGAUCAAUUAUUGAUUGAAUUAUAGGAAGAGACAAGUAAUAACAUUACAUUAGGUAACGCUCUCAUCCUUUUUCGUAAAGGUUUACAUUCAAAUUCUCAUUUUGAAUAAGCAGAGUGUUACACAAAAACAAUAAUACUUCUAACUUCUCUUGGAAAAGUUAACAAGAAUAUAGAAAAAUUUUUAGAUAAAUGUUAAUAAUGUUUAGAUUAAUGCUAAAUGAAUCCUUAUAGAUUAAAUGAUUGUAAAAUUACUCUAAAUGAAUCUCUUGAAUAAAUUCAUCAUAUUGAUAAAUUAGAAAAUAAGGUGAGUAAUAAAAAUAUUGUAGGUGAGUUUUUUAAUCAAAAGAUGGAAUAUAUUACUUGUAAAGGGAGGACUUAUUACAUAAUAUGUAAUGUUUAAACCAAAAAUAUUUAUUUCAGAACCGGAGCAUAAAUACAAGGCAGCUCUAUUCAAAAAUGCUGUUGCUGCAAUUGAUAAAGUGUGUCAUAUUAAUAUCUAUAGAUGACAGUUUUAUAUAAAUUUACACCAGAGGCAGAAAUAGGAUCGUUAUCUUAAGAGUUGAAGGAACAAUUCAUGCUUGUUUAUAAGGAUUACUUAAAACAAAAAAGUAAGGUUAAUGAUGAUUUAUUGUACUGGUUANCUGUCUUAAUCUGA